GUGCUGGCGAUGUUUACAGCUCUUGGUGCGAGGGGUUUGUGUCGCUGAGGAUUGGCCGCGGGUCGCGUCUUGUUUGAUGUCUCUUCAUCUCUUCACAGCCUUCGUCGACCUGGUUAAAAAAACAAUGUUUUUCCUUUAGCCAAAUCCUAUCAUAACAAAACAAAAGUGAAAACAACAACAAAAAAAACCACCGAAGAGACUCCCCGCAUGCCUUUGUGAUCAGAGAAGAAAAAAAAAUCAGAAAAGUCGAAUUCGUCGCCUUGAACGGAACAAAAGAAAAGAAAAAGACCUUAGGGUUUUGUUUUGGGCCCAGGAUCUGGUGAACUGUAAACAAAACACGUACAAAAAAAAUCGUUUUGUACUUUUUCUUGAAAGUUUCCAACGUCGAGAUUUCCGUUUCGAUAUUUCCCCCCCCCUAAAAUAAAUAACCUUGGUUCAGAAAUAAAAGCGGAAACAUCGUUUUAUCUUUUGGGUCAGCCGAUGAGUCCUGGAGUAGAGUUGAUCAAAAUGAAAACUGAAAUCACAACUGCCGUGGGUUUUAUUACCAGAUUGUUGAGGACGACAGGGCUUAUUUCUGAUGAGCAGCUCCAACAUUUCAGCGAGUCGUUGGAGAAAUCUUUAGCAGAACACUACAGACACCAUUGGUUCCCCCACAUGCCUUGCAAAGGGUCAGGAUACCGAUGCAUUAGGAUCAACCACAAAAUGGAUCCUCUGAUAGCAAGGGCGUCCAACAUCAUCGGACUCAGCAGCCAACAACUUUUUCAACUUUUGCCAAGUGAAUUGACUCUGUGGGUCGACCCGUUCGAGGUGUCCUACCGAAUAGGUGAAGAUGGAUCAAUUUGCGUUCUUUACGAAAACGUUCCCAGCAGCGGUAUCUCCCCCUUGGAUAGUAUGAUAAGUUGCAAGGAUGAAUUUAGAAUUGGCAGAUCAAGUCCCUCUAAGAGUUACAUGAUGACUGUUUCAAGUUAAUAAUUCAUUUACACAUACAACUGUUAUUGUACAAUAUGCAGGCCCCUUUGAUAAUGUAGUGAAAUGUUAAUCCCUAGUUAACUUUUAGUAGUGCGACUGCCAAAACCUUUGUUUGAUGUGGCCAGUGGCUAUAUGCAAAACUGUUUUUGCACCACAUUAAAUUCCUGGAUUGUAUAUUGUAAAAACAUGUACAGUCAGUGGAUAAUUGUGUUUUACAGAUUUAUAUUUUAAGAAUAUGCCAUGGCUGUUUGUAAUAAAACAUCAAAAUGAAUCCA